UUUGUGCGUGUCCAAUCUGUUUCCUUCCUAGCUCCAUCUUCGUCCGCAGUAUUGUGUCAAUAUUCAUCUUAGCAUUUUGUGUAUUCUUGAUGAUAAUCUGUGACGGCUGGUAUUUUUGAGACCAGUUAUAUCUGAAAUCUCCCCUAGUAUCUGGAAUUAUCUCAAGCAUUCUCCUCCAACUUAAACAACUGAGGAAAUAACAUGAGUAGCUCAGAGGAGGUGUCGUGGAUUUCUUGGUUCUGUGGUCUUCGGGGUAACGAGUUUUUUUGCGAGGUUGAUGAAGACUACAUUCAGGACAAGUUCAACUUAACUGGAUUAAAUGAACAAGUGCCGCAUUAUAGGCAGGCCUUAGACAUGAUACUGGAUAUGGAGCCAGAUGAUGAAUUAGAAGAUAAUCCAAAUCAAAGUGAUUUGAUUGAACAGGCAGCAGAGAUGUUAUAUGGUCUCAUUCAUGCACGUUAUAUAUUAACUAACAGGGGGCUUGCCCAAAUGCUUGAAAAAUACCAGAAUGGUGAUUUUGGACACUGUUGUCGAGUGUAUUGUGAAAAUCAGGCAGUCUUGCCCAUUGGUUUGUCUGAUGUUCCAGGAGAGGCAAUGGUCAAACUUUACUGUCCAAAAUGCAUGGAUGUUUACACACCAAAAUCAUCUCGACAUCAUCACACAGAUGGAGCAUACUUUGGGACAGGUUUCCCUCACAUGUUGUUCAUGGUACAUCCUGAGUACAGACCAAAAAGACCAAACAACCAGUUUGUGCCAAGAUUGUUUGGAUUUAAAAUUUCACCCAUGGCUUAUCAGAUUCAGGAAAGAGCAGCAGCUCAGAGAGGACGAUCUGCAUCAGCACGUCCAAGAUCAACAAAACCUCACUACAAAUAAGAACAAUUUAUUUUUCUAACCUUACUUCCUUGUUUUAAUAUUUCCUCCUUUAAUGCUGUUUCAAGUCUUCAGGAUAAAAUGUUUUAAAAACAGUUUAUUCGUUUAAUUGCUGAAUCUAUGUGUAACUAACAGUAUAUAUGGUGUUCUCCUUUUUUUAAGCACAAUAGGUAAAAGAAAUGUUCAAAACCAGUAGAAAAAUCCUUUUGUUGCAUUUUCAAGAAUUCCAAAUAAUUUUAGGCGGUAAUGAGAAGUACUGCAGGCGGUAAAUUUGACCAGUUACCCCCUGAAAAGGAGAAUAUUGUAUAUACAGAUGCUGGAAAUUUUUAUUUCUAUUUCUCCCCCUUUUGUGUACAUUAUAAAUAGGUGUGUUCCAGUCAACAGGGUCAAUCCUAGCUCAAUUUUUAUCUGGUUGAAAAUUAUUCUAUGGAUUUUAUCCUGCAAUUCAUGGAGUAGAUUCCUUGCCCAGUUUCACUGAGACACUUCAGCCUUGCAGCUCUAGCUUGAGAAAAACCUGUCUAUCAGAUUUACGUUCUACUCUGAUUUUUGCAAAUCAUGUAUGGAGAUAGUAUCUCUGAAACAAAAUGUGGGGUUGUGUUAGAUAAAAUUGUUCCCAUCAGGUCCUAGUUUAGUAUAACCCCUACAAACAGUUAUUUCUGUUGUUGUUCAGAGUACAUUUUAACUAUGUAGUAGUGUUUGGCACCUUGUUAACAAUUUAGUUUCCAUGCAUUUGUGUACAGCUCUAAUGAAAGAGAAAAAGCAGGCUGUCUGUAUGUUAUUUCAACUUACAGCUUUGUGUUUUUUAUGAUUUCUGUGAACAUAAUACACCAUAAACAAAAGUUAAGUUA